GCACGGGCGGCGGCGGCGGCUCCCAGCCCCGUCACCCCUCGGGGGCUCCGGGCUCCCCUCACACUCCGGGUUUUCAGGUUCAUUUCCUGCUGGGUUAAAUUUAGUUGGUUUUUCAGCGCCUUGGUAAAUCCUACGGGUUCCUUCUGGGCUUUUGUCCUUUCCCGCCCUCCAGCCUCAAUAAUAGAUUAUAGUUAUCUGACCCAAAAAUACUUGCAUUGCCAGAUCUUCAUAGAUUGUCUUAGGCUGGGAUCUCCUUUUCCAUGAGUUAAUAUGCUUAAGGCUUGAGCUGGUGUCUUAAACGUCAUGCAGUUUUUAAUAUAAAUUAACAUCCAAUAUCAAAUAUUGAAGUUUUUAGGAGAUAAUAAGAGUUUUAAGGGGCUGCAGUCUUUUGACUGCUUGCAUAAAGUCCAAAUAAUUCUGCUGGUUGACGUGGUGGUGUUCUGUCACAGGUUGGACUCAGUGGCCCCAGAGGUCUUUUCGAACCUAAUUGAUUCUGUGAUUCUGUCAUUUUAUGCAUUAAAUACCUAUACGUUUUCCCAUACCUGAUAACGUCUUGCAAAACUGGAGAAAAAAAUUUGGGAGAGCAGUAUUUCUAAGUGAUAAUUUUAGCCACUGGAAUUUUGUUUUGCUCAUACAGCAUGAGUUGAAAGGCCUCUUAGUGUCGUCUCUUUUCCCCAAAUGCAUAUUUACAGUUUUGACGUAAAUAUCUUGCGUCACUAAUUUAAAGUGUUAACUGUGCAUUUGGUAAGGUAUUAUUGGUAACUUUCUUAAAUUACAUUAAACAUAUCAGCAAAAUUGCAUUUUGAGGGUGUAGGCAUAGAUUAUGUAUAGUGCUUUAUCUCAUAUAAAAAUGACACAAAAAAUCACAACUCUAGGCAGUGUUACUCUGUCAGCUUUUGUGUUUUAUGUAAAACCAACAUAAAGCUUCCUUUCAGCAUGUUAACUGGACUGACCACCCAGUUUAAGCAUUCCUGUGUGUAUUAUUUCCCAAUUUUAUGUUUUAACAGGAAUGUAAAUUCCACCAAUAUGCUUUCUACAUAGGAUAGAAAAACAUAUGACACUUUAUUGUGAAAAUAAAGCUUGAAAAUCAUAAUUUUUCAGCCAAAAGAAGUUUCUAGUUCUACAUUAAAUUUAUCAUUUCAGAAAAAAAGGGUUUCUAGGUUUACAUUAAAUUUAUCAUUUUAGAGAUUAUUUUGGUUGAACAGAGUUUUGCCUUUUCUAGUCUGAUUUCACUCUUGAUUUGCAGAAUAUUUAUAGUUAAUGUUGAUGUGCCUGGGAAUGUGACUUGAUUUUUAUACAUUUUUUUUUUCUAAAAAGGUGGCAGAAAUAGGCUGUUUAAAAACAACAUUUGGACAUGGCUCUUCACUGAGGUCAACCUGAAGCCAGUUUUGCAUCCUGUUUUUCAUUCUAAUGGAACAAAUGGUGUUUGGUAUUUCCUGCUUUGGACUGGGCAGACUGGAUUCAGAAAGCACAAAGGCUCAACUCUGAGGCAGAGACCACAUCUGCUACUGGAAUAAGCCACUUGCAGUGGAAAAAAGUAUGUCCUCCUAGUCCCAGGAUAAGUUUGAUUUUGAAUACCGGUGUGCUUUUUAAAGUGACAAUACAAAGGACAAUGCACAGUGUGUAUCCUGAUGACAUUUGGUGUGCUGUGACAUGGCUUUUGUCAUGGCAUCUGAGACUGAAAAGGCCCACGCUCUUCUCCAGACUUUCAGCGCAGCUUCAGUUAUUUCCAGUCUAGGUUUGGGGAUAUUCUGCUUUGUAGCAGACAGACUUCUGCAGUUUUCCUUCAUUCAGCAAAAUGACUGGCUCCGAGCCUUCUCUGAUAAUGCAGUGCAUGGUAUACUGGGAAUGUGGUCCUGGGCCAUAGUGAUUGGACUCAGGAAGAAAAGUGACUUCACUGAGGUCACUCUGGCUGGCUUCCUCGCCUCUGUCAUUGACGUGGACCACUUCUUUCUUGCUGGAUCCCUCUCCUUAAAGGCUGCUCUGACUCUUCCACGGAGACCACUUCUUCAUUGUUCUACCAUGAUUCCCGUUGUGGCUCUGACAUUAAAGUUUAUUAUGCACCUUUUCAGGCUUAAGGACUCAUGGUGCUUUCUUCCCUGGAUGUUGUUCAUAUCCUGGACUUCUCAUCAUGUCCGUGACGGGAUUCGUCAUGGCCUCUGGAUCUGCCCAUUUGGAAAAACUCCUCCUUUGCCAUAUUGGCUGUAUGUGGCAAUUACAGCAUCUUUACCUCAUCUGUGUUCAUUCAUCAUGUAUUUAACAGGCACUAGAGAAUUAAUGUCUAUAAAACAUGGAAUCCACAUUGAUGUGUAAGAAUGAUGGCUUUUAAAGGCUGUUUGUAUUAUCUCCUGGCUGUCUAUUACUGAAGGGGUUUCUUUCUAUUUCCUACACCUUCCAAGUUAGGCAUUUUAAGGUUGUGGAGCCAGUUACAGCUGUGUCAAUUCCUUGUUGUCAUAGAACCUAUUUAAUGAAUGGUGAUAAUUUUAUAUCUAUACAUUUCCCUUCUAAAGCAUGUGAUCUCCCAUGAUAGCUCAUGCAUAGCUAGCUGAUCUAUAAAGUUCUUAGUCUCUCUCUGUAGUAAUUGCAUUACUGUCACAGAUUUUAUUGUCAUGGUGCCAUUCUUCUGAUCACCAUUCACUUUGGAUUUGUAUUUUGCCUUUAGAGAAUACAUUUCAAUCUAGAUAGUAUUUGUAUAGCGCUUUAAAAAUAUAAAGUACUGUAUAAAUGCUAAGUAUUACUGGGGAUUUAAUAGUGUAUGGCAGUUGUAAAAAAAUGUUAGCCUUUUGAAUUUAUUCAUUUGUUAAGAGUCCUGCUGGACUCUUAUAUUGGACUGUUUUAAAAGAAACACUGUCUGUAUUUCACACUGUGCAGCUGUCUAUGCACCUCUUCAAACCCUGCUACCAUGUAGAGUUUUAGUAAAUUCUGUUCCCCUGUAGUUGCUUGGUACUAAAUUUGCAGAUAAUUACUAGCUUCGUGGUUAGAAAAGAGAAGGCAGUUUGGUUAUAGUAUUAUGAUGUGUUGACCAAAUUGUUUUUAAUUUUUAAAAAUACACUAAUUAUGAAUACUAUUGAAUUUGAAACUAAGGAAUUUUAGUAAAUAUUUAAGGGUUGUGUGAAGGCAAACAUUUAUUACAGUAAAACAUAAGCUUUAGAGAAGAUAGAAGAAAAUAAAAAUUGCUCAAAAUGUGUUUGCUUAAAGACAUUACUGUCUUACUGUACUUGUAAAUGGCAUUUUCCAUUAAGUGCAAUAUCAUCCUCAUAAUUGUUAAAUAAAAUGCAUUAUUAUUAUUAUUAUUAUUAUUAUUAUUAUUAUUAUUAUUAUUAUUAUUAAUUGGGAUUACUGGUUUAAUCAGUACCAGAGACCUUCUGUGGCUCUUUGCAGCACACUAUGCUAAUUAUGGAAAAUGUUUUACCCCUUUAAAAUGUGUCUUUCCACCAAAGGAAUAGUCUCUGCACUGUUUGUUCCUCAUGUUAGAAAUGUAUGCUAAUGCAAACUUGUCUGACAGUACAGUUUAGCCUUUAUUAUAAAAUGAAUAAAAGGUUUCUUUCUUGGAAAGAAAAUUGGAAAAGCAGAACAUUCCUUAAAGGGUUAUCCUCAUGCCAUGGAUUUCUGUCUCUUAUAGUGUUCCAGAAACAACGUAAGAAAUGUCUUGCUUUAGGGCCCUCAGAGCAAGAACUGUCUUUUAUGCAAAGGCAUGAUGGUUUACUAGAGAAGCACUGCUCAUUCAUUUACUUCUGUCCUGUAUUUUAAACUGCAGGCUAUGAAUGCCAAUAAUGAAUAUAUUUGGUGCAAGGAGUGAACACUGAAGUCCGUGUAGAAAAUUUUCAAUAUUCUUGUUUCAUGGUAUAAUAUUUGUAUAAUUUUGUGCUUUAUGCAGGUUUGUUGCAAAGGGAAAUGCAUAUAGGAACAAAGUGGAGAAUUGCACUUUCUCACUUUUAGACUGUAGCUCUAGCAUUUUCUAACUAUGUGUCCACCAAUGGUCCUUAAGAUUGAUACUUUACUGUUCUAGCUAUUUUUAAGGAUCAAUUAAUGGGGAUGUCUUCAGUAGUUUAAAACCACAUAUUUUCAUUCUCUGUAUUUCUAGCUAUUUUUGUGUGAGUUUUUACAGUAAUUGUUAGCUGUGUUUCAAAAUACUGUUUUUUCUGGUCAUGUUCUUACACCAGUUCUACGACAGCAAUGGGUGAACACCACUUGGAAAUGUGUUAAGGAAAGUAGCAAGCACUUGUAAUACAUGACUUCUUUCCCUCUCCUUCCAAACAGGCAUGGCAGUCUCACACCUCAACCUGACAUUCAGGCAACUAUAGCUGACACUGGCAACUUUACAAAGUAAACAGAGAUGUUGCAUGCAUUGCUGUAAUUUGUACAUAGACAGAGUAGAGUACAAAGGAGAACUAAAAGUGUUUGACUCACCUGUGUGUCACGGGCAGAGUGGGAGCUUCAGAAAAAGUUUAUUAGAGAAGUCCCCCCGCAUUGAGUCAGGAGGCACAGAAGGGACCCUCUUGCUUUCUAAACUCCUUCUCAGAGAGGCAUCUAGGUAUGGCUGGAUCCAGUCUUAGCCCGACUUUGCCAAUGGUUUAUGUCUAAAGGAUUAUACAUGUGGAAUUGAACCUUAAUACAGCUUUGUCCCACAGAAUUAAGAAUGGCAAUAUUUAUAUAAAAAUAAAUUCUUUAUUGUGAUAACGAUUAGACUAAAAGGUCUUAACCAGAAUUAUUUACUACAGAGUAUUGGUAGCUGUAUAGUGCAGUGCAGUACUUUUGACACAAUAUUGAAGUUAUUAUAUUAAAGCAGUUCUAUUGAAGCAAUUAUGUCAAAGCUAGCAAAAGCAAUUAUUAAGCAGAGAUUGAUGUUACUCAGCCAUACCAACGACUGUGAGCAAAUCUCGUUCUCUCAGUCUUGAGGAGUAACCUUGAGGGCCAUCCCCACUCCGGAGAGGAAUUUUCACACACACUCCAGAAAGAGGGGAUGUUACAAGAUCCUCAAAUUAAAAAGUGGAAACUGGGCCAUGUGUUUCUGGGUCAGCUGUGUCAGCUCAGCAUCUUUCAAUCAGUUUAUCAGUGGUAUUACUUGGUUGUCCUAUAUCACGUACUUUACCAGGUCUACCACAGCUUCACCUCACUAUCAGGACGUUUAACUCUGGGACUGAUGAGUCAGGCUAGUUUCAGCAUUAUUCCACACCAAAAGCAGCAGGACAGCCCCCUUCUCCAUUCACCCGUAGCUUUGGAAAGCUUUGUUGGAGUUGUUUUACCCCCACUCCAGGCAGAGCAUCCUGCUACACCAUGUCACCUGGGAGAUACACCUGCCUGUUACAGGUGAAUUGCCUAACAAUUCCUUACCGGUAUUUCAUGUACAUUUCAAAUUCACUGGUAUUUUUCAACUAUGCAUUGAUGCCUGCCAUGUGUAGCAAAACCAUGAUGAAAAUAAAACAAAAUGCUAAAAACAUAA